AACACUUCACUGUUUGCCUCUACACACUGUAGUUGUGCCCUGAAGGUCAGCCUGUGUUGAGUUUCUCCCAAGAGCGCGUCUCACGAGCAUCGCAGGCGGAAUGGAGCUGACUGCGGCUUUCGUGAAGUUCCAGCUGGCUCACCUGCACCACUUGUUUGCUCUUGUUUGCAUCGUUUUCGUCGUCUACAAGUUGAGUCUAUCGCUUGCACAGAGGGCGAAGGCGUUGCGAACUGCUGAAGCGUUCCCUGGGCCUCCGAGACACUGGCUCUUUGGAAAUCUAUUGCAGUUUCAAGAUGGGAAAGAGUUUGAAAAUGUUUUGAAGUGGUCCAAGGAUUACCCUUACAUUUUCCCAGUGUGGUUCGGUCCCUUUCUCUGCUCCUUCACCAUAAACCAUCCAGAUUAUGUAAAAACCAUUCUGUCAUCAUCAGAGCCAAAGGAUGAUUUUGCGUAUAAGUUUAUUGAAUCUUGGAUUGGGGACGGGCUGUUAGUGUCAAAAGGCCAGAAAUGGUUUCAGCACAGAAGACUCCUAACCCCAGGUUUCCAUUAUGAUGUCCUUAAACCUUACGUAAAACUGAUGUCAGAUACUGCCCAGACUAUGUUGGACAAGUGGAAACGUUACGCAACCAACGAGUCGUUUGAAUUAUAUGAACAUGUGAGCCUCAUGACACUGGACAGCAUUCUGAAGUGUGCCUUCAGUGACAACAGCAACUGUCAGCUUGAGAGCGGGAAAAACCCCUACAUCAAAGCCGUGUACGAGCUCAGUUUUCUGAUAAACAAGCGCGCUCGAACAUUCCCAUACCACAACAACCUGAUUUUCUACUUGAGCCCACUUGGCUUCAGACACAGAAAAGCAUGCAAGGUGGCUCAUGAUCACACAGAUAAUGUCAUAAAGAAGAGGAAAGAAGCACUGAAGAAUGAGAAGGACGUGGAGAAUAUACAGAAAAAAAGACACCUGGAUUUUCUGGAUAUCCUUCUCCAAGCCAGAGAUGAAAACAAGCAGGGUUUGUCAGAUGAGGAUAUGCGAGCAGAGGUGGACACCUUCAUGUUUGAGGGCCAUGACACCACAGCCAGUGGCCUCUCUUUCAUCCUCUACUGUCUGGCCUGCCACCCAGAGCACCAGAAGUUGUGCAGGGAGGAGAUCAAUCAAGUCUUGGAUGGCAGAGACAGCAUGGAGUGGGAGGAUCUCAGUAAAAUUCCAUACACCACAAUGUGCAUAAAGGAAUCCCUCCGUCUCUACCCUCCUGUGCCUGGGAUGGCCAGAAAACUCACCAAAAACAUCACCUUCUUUGACGGGAGGAGUCUGCCUGCAGAAACUAGGGUUGGAACAAGUGUGUUUGGGAUUCACAGGAAUCCAGCUGUCUGGGAAAACCCUGAUGUGUUUGACCCGCUGCGUUUCCUACCAGAGAAUGUUUCCAAGAGAUCGCCUCAUGCAUUUGUGCCUUUCUCUGCCGGGCCAAGAAACUGCAUCGGUCAGAACUUCGCUAUGAAUGAGAUGAAAGUGGUGACAGCCCUGACACUGCAGAAAUACCAUCUGAUGGAGGACUCCUCUCAAAAACCCAAGCUCGUUCCCCGCCUGGUGCUUCGCUCUCUCAACGGCAUCCACAUCAAGAUCAGACCUGUGGAGCCUGAUGAGUAAAGGAAAAUGCUGUGAAGAUAAAAAAAAUGCUGUACACUAUUCAGAGAAGGAAAAAUUGAAAAGCUGCUGUAAUUUAAAACAUUCUAAUAAGCUUUCAUGCUGACAUAAAAUCAGUGAAGGGUAACAAUAGGAAUAAAAUGAGAAAUACACCAUAUCGUCACUUUGACAAUCAUCAAGUUUUGCUGUCACACCUUAUAUUUGGAAAAGGGAUUUAAGCUUACAUAUGUUGUGCUAGGAAUUUUGCAUUUAAUCACUUGUCAUAAAUACCUCUUGUUAAAAAUAAACCUUGUUUUGGAGCGGGCGGCUCAGGUUUGAUUCCAACCUGCGGCCCUUUACUGCACAUCAUUCCACUCUCUCCUAGUUUCCUACCCUAUCCACUUUCCUUUCCUCUCAAUAAUGACAUUGAGCCCAAAACUUCGGCUUUGUAAGAAAAAGAAUCAUUGUUUGUUUUUCAUUUUAAAAUGCACUGAGAAUGUGAUUGUAAAUAUAGAGUUCAAGACAAUAAG